UUACUUGAGGUUAUUAUUUAUAUCUUUUCGAGACAAAAGAACUUUUAUUUUUUUCCCAGUAUAUUUCAGUGAAACUUAAGUUUAUACUAGUAGAUUUAGGUUUUACACUUCGAAACUAAUAAUGAAAAACAGCAAAGCUUCAACUUUUAAAGUUGACACAAAUAUCGUUUCUGAAGGCUGUCAAUCACCUUCGCCAUCAACGCCAAUGUCAGCUUCUAUUCCUCUCAACUCGAGUAAAAAGUCUUCGACAUCCUCUUCAAAAGAGAACCUUACUUCUCAAUUUAGAUUACCUACUGUAGCUAACGUUUCUUUGGCUCCUACCACAACAACUACUGUGGUCACAACUACAACUACUACGACAACUUCGUUUCCACCACUAAUAUUGAAACCACCACCUCUACCAAAACAUUUAGAUCCUAAAGAAUAUCCCCUUGCUGAUACUCCCACUCCUCCUGCUUUAAAACGGUUUUGUUUUGAUUUAAAUGGUCAGCCAGCUUAUAUUCGCGAGGAUGAAGAUUCUGAGCAACAAAUAAUCAAGCUCCAAGAAGCCCUAUAUAAUAUGCGAGCAUCCGGGCCCACUACUUCGACAUCAAGGACGGUUAAAACUAGUACGAGUUCCACUCAUCAAUCAUUUAAUGAUAAUUAUUCGGAGACUAAAACUACAGGAUCUGGUGCUCGUAAAAGACCCGCAUCACCUGACGAGCCUUCAUCGUUUGAUUUAUCUUCUGCAGGUCAGCAACAGUCAAAUAGCAGCAGUAGCGGUUCUCAUGGUAGAAAUAAUUCGCUUUCUCGUAGGUCUUUAUCUCCGCCACAUAAAAAAGUUCGUGCAAAAGCUGUUGGUAAUUUACCAGAACAAGACAACGAGCUGGCCUCACGACAAUUGAUGGAAUUAGAAUUUCGUAAUGCCAGUUCCAACCAAGUAAAUAUACCAAGAACAAAUACCCCGAUGAGUAAUGUUCAGAGUGAAUUGACUCUUCAACCAACUCCUUCCACAAUUACUUCUACAAGGCACUAUAAUAAUAAUAUAUCUGCUUCAAACCUUGGAAUGGAUACUCCUUCUACUGCAAGAAGCACUCAUUCCUCAGCUUUACCGUCACCAUCUCUGUCCCCUAUCAUUGGAGGUUCUUCCUCAAAUGGAACAAAUCAAUUUGAUAAUUUCUUUGCUGACCACACGGGCCACGAAGAAGCGGACAGUGAUGACAUAACUGUUGAUGAACCUGUGAAUCAUCAUGAAAAUUGGAGUGUUCAGCAGACAAAUAAUAUGAUGAUUGAUUCAAUUAAUACUCCUAGUCUUUGGGAUUUGAACACCAUGUUGGCCACAUUUGAUGCCUUACCAUCUUCGAUGAAAUCUUAUAUGCUUUUCCAACUACUUAGACGUUGUCGUACAAAUACCCUUCAAUACGUUAGUAAUAUUAUUUUGCCUGCAUUAAGAAAAGAUUUUGUUGGAAUGCUCCCACUUGAGCUUAGUUUACACAUUGUAAGAUAUUUAGAUGCACCUAGUAUGUGUAAAGCAGCUCAAGUAAAUAAAAGGUGGAGAAAUGUAAUAGAUGGGGAUAGUUUAACAUGGCAGCGUCGACUUAUGGCAGAUGGUUUUGGUGUUGAUGAAUCAGAAGAACAACGUGCUAUAGCCGAAAAUUGGGGACUUUUACGUUCAAUAAAUAGUUCACAUAAUAGAAGCAGGCAACUAGACGGUACCAGUAAUAAUAAUGAAAGUGGUACGUCAUCUUCUGAAGAAAGGACUGUUGUAGAAAUUGAUGAUGAUGACACUGAUAACAUGAGAAUUGUUACAGAAGAGAAUAGAUUAGAAGGCUCAUCAAGAUUAGCUACUACAUAUAAUCUUAAUGAUAAUAAUAAUAUGGCUGUAGAUGAUAUGGAUUAUAUAAUAAUCGAAAAAAAUAAUAAUAAUAAUGCGUUAGAAAUAGAUGAAAAUGAUAAUGAUGGUUUACAAGAUUCAUACACACUCUCACCUACAGGUACUGAUGAACAAUCUUCUUCAACAGGUGUAAGCUCUUCAUUGUUCGUUAAUUCUUCAAUACAACAAGACAAGGGAAAAGCCAGAGCAGAUGGGGAUUGGAGUAGUUUUAGAGUGGACGAACAAGAACCUCAUCAAGAUGAUGAUCGUCCAUAUGACGGUGACGAUAGUGAUGUUGACGCAAUGUCUCAGGAAAGUAGCGACCGAGCUGAACUUUCUGAUGAAAGGCUUCCUCUACCGCCUUCAGCUGACCACCCUUUUAAAGCUAUUUAUCGUCGUCAUUAUCUUAUGCGACAAAAUUGGCUUCAUGGACGUCAUAAACACAUCUCAUUUCCUGGUCAUGGAAAUAAUGUCGUUACUUGUUUACAAUUUGACUCCGACAAGAUUAUUUCAGGUUCUGAUGAUCAAUGUAUCAAUGUUUAUGAAACCGCUACUGGUAGAUUGAUUAAUCGACUUAUGGGACAUGAUGGAGGUGUAUGGGCACUACAAUAUGUAAAUAAAACAUUAGUAUCAGGUUCUACAGAUCGAACUGUACGUGUUUGGAAUCUUGAAACUGGUGAAUGUACUCAUGUAUUUCCAGGACAUACUAGUACCGUUCGCUGUCUCCAAAUUAUAAUGCCACAAAAUGUUAACACUAAUCCAAAUGAACCACCCAUUGUGGAACCACCAAUUCCGCUAAUCGUUACUGGUUCAAGAGAUUCAACUUUGAAAGUCUGGCGUCUACCAAAUCUUGACUCCGAUCCACCAUUUCAACCUGCCAUCCCUUCAUCACCUUCCGAUAAUACGCAAUAUGCUGAUAAUCCUUAUUAUCUUCGUACACUUUCUGGACAUACACAUUCCGUUCGUGCUUUAGCGGGUGUUGGUAAUACUUUAGUUAGUGGCAGUUAUGAUUGUUCGGUAAGAGUAUGGAACAUUAUGACCGGUGAUUGUGUUUGGCGAUUACACGGGCAUCAACAAAAAGUGUAUUCCGUUGUACUGGAUGCUAAACGCAAAAGAUGUAUGAGUGGUAGUAUGGAUGGCACCGUAAAAGUUUGGAAUUUAGAAGAUGGAACAAAUAUAUGGACAUUGGAAGGACAUUCUUCUCUUGUUGGUCUUCUUGAUCUUUCACAUGAUUAUCUUGUUUCUGCCGCUGCCGAUUCAAGUCUCCGUAUUUGGAAUCCCGAUGAUGGCACAUGCAAACAUGUUUUAACCACACAUUCUGGUGCAAUUACAUGUUUCCAACAUGAUGAAAGUAAGGUAAUUUCGGGUUCGGAUGGAACACUUCGCAUGUGGGAUGUCAAGACUGGCCGUCAUGUGCGUGAUUUAUUGAAUGGUUUAAGCGGCGUAUGGCAAGUCAGAUUUGAUGAACGUAGAUGUGUGGCUGCUGUUCAAAGAAAUUCAGUGACUUGGUUUGAAGUUUUAGAUUUUGGUGUAUACGGAAUUGAGGAAGAUGGAUCACAAGGAAACAGUUGCAUGGAUGAAAAUGGCGUUUGGGUUGAUAGAAGGAUAGUCGUACUGAACGGUGGUACUGGUGAAGAAUAAUAAUAGAAAAAUUUUAAUAAAAAUAUUAAAAAAUUAAUAUGAUGUACUAGUGUAAUGAAAUAAUGAAAUUAUUUUAUCAUAAUUUGAUAAUUUUUGUUAAUAUUUUAAUUACUUACACUAGAAGGCUUCAAGUUAUUUAUACUUGUUUCUAUAUACAAAGACUUAUGAACUUGAAAAUUUUUUAUCUCAAAAUUCUUGACAUUUAUAUUUUAUUCAUCCUUACUUUUAAUUGUUAAAUAUACUCAUCUAUUACUACUAAGUUACACUUGUAUUCUUGUAUUUUAUAUUUUUUCUUAUUUUUUUUUACAAAAGCUAGAAAAAAAAAA